UGCGGGCGCGAACCGAGCCGAGCGCUGAGCCGGGUCCUGGCACCCGGCGCUGGAAAGAGAGCGCCCCGGAGCAAGGCCUGCCAGGGGAGCCCCGCGCGGGCGUCUCGGGUUUUUAGAACUUCAGACCUGCCAGCUCGUCUGUGUAGUAGAUGCCCUGAGUUAGAGCCCGUCUUCCAGGCAGGACGGCGAGUCGCAGACCCGGCUCUGAGAAGCACUGGCGGGAGGGGGGCGUCAGCAGGGGUGGGCUGGUCGGUAGAGCUCGGGCUGAAAGUGAGGGUUGUCGGGUGGGAGCCAGGAGCCUCCUCCCUCCCCUGGCUUGGGCAGGGCAUGGAUGGCAGCAGCCUGGGUGGUCCAGGGCUCCUGGGACGGGAGUGCUGGCCUGGGUGUGGGUGUGUCCAGAAACGACAGGGGCAUCGAGGACAGGCAGGACCGCCCGGGAGGGGGCUGACCGCCCGGGAGGGGGCUGACCACAAUUGGAAGCCGGCAUUUCAAAGGCCUCCCCCGCCCUGACAGCCCAGCAGGCAGGAUGCCGCACAAGAUUGGAUUUGUGGUCGUCAGCUCAUCUGGGCAUGAGGACGGCUUCAGCGCCCGGGAACUCAUGAUCCACGCGCCCACCGUCAGCGGGUGGCGGUCCCCGAGGUUUUGCCAAUUUCCACAAGAAAUUGUUCUUCAGAUGGUGGAGAGAUGUCGGAUAAGGAAACUGCAGUUACUGGCACACCAGUAUAUGAUCUCAAGCAAAAUCGAGUUCUACGUGAGCGAGAGCCUGCCGGAGUAUUUCGUUCCUUACCAAGCAGAGCGCUUCCGAAGACUCGGCUACGUCUCGCUCUGUGACAACGAGAAGACGGGCUGCCGCGCCCGCGAGCUGAAGUCAGUGUACGUGGACGCCGUGGGGCAGUUUCUGAAGCUGAUCUUUCACCAAAACCACGUCAACAAGUACAACAUCUACAACCAGGUCGCCCUGGUCGCGAUUAACAUCAUCGGGGACCCGGUGAAUUUCGGAGACGAAGGCCACGUCACCUCUAGGGAGAAGCUGAUCGACCACUACCUGGGGCGCAGCGCAGAGGACCCGGCGCUGGAGGGGACAUGCUCCGCGAAGUCCGACUACAUCUCUCCACUCGACGACCUGGCCUUCGACAUGUACCAGGACCCCGAGGUGGCGCAGAUCAUACGCAGGCUGGACGAGCGGAAGCACGAAGCUGUCCAGAAGGAGCGCUACGACCACGCCAAGAAGCUGAAGCAGGCCAUCGCUGACCUGCAGAAGGUGGGCGAGCGUCUGGGCCGGUACGAGGUGGAGAAGCGCUGCGCCGUGGAGCAGGAGGACUACGACCUGGCCAAGGAGAAGAAGCAGCAGAUGGAGCGCUACCGCGCCCAGGUGUACCAGCAGCUGCAGCUGCACGACCUGGUGGGCGCCGAGCUGCCCCUGGCACACCCCAGCAGCCCUCGCCUCCAGCAGCCGGCGCUGUCGCCACCCCCGCGGGAAGGCAAGGCACUGGGAAGGCGGCUCGACCAGCCUUUACUUCAGGAAGAGCCCGCAGCGCAUGCCCCAGACGAGUUUCCUCCGCGGGCCGCAGCAGAGCCACCACCUGCCGCAGACCACCCACUCCGGACCCAGCCCGAGCCCCUGCCCUACGAUGAGCGGCCUCUUCCUGCCACGCGCAAGCAGCCCCCACCGGCAGCACCCGUGGAGCCAGAGAAGAGCGAGGCCGAGGCCAGCGAGGCGCCCAGAGGCGCGGUGGGGGAGCCCGAGCCCCUGACAGAGAAGGCCUGGCGGGAGGCCGGCCCCGCUGUCGAGGUGCUGGGCGAGGCCCUGGUGGCCGGGGCCUACUCCAGGACGUGGUCGUUCCGCGAGGACGCGCUGCUCGCCCUGUACAAGCGGCUGGCGGAGGAGCCUGUGGGCGCCCCGCGGGAAGACCUCAGGAGCGCCCUGCGAGCCGCCGUCUUCCUCGUCAGAAAGGCCAUCGUGGACAUUGUCAGCCCGGUCUUUCAGGCGUCUCUGAAGCUGCUGAAGAUGCUCAUCACCCAGUACAUCCCCAAGCACAAGCUGAGCAAACUGGAGACGACGCAUUGCGUGGAGCGGACCCUGCCCGCGCUGCUCGCCAGGACCGGCGACUCCUCCGCGCGCCUCCAUAACAAAUCCUGUUGGUUUUUACAGGAAAUGGCCUUGUUUAAGGAAGUCAGGUCUCUCCAAAUCGUUCCCUCUUACUUGGUGCAGCCGCUAAGAGCAAACACCUCCACGCACCUGGCGAUGGGUCAGAUGGACCUCCUGGCCCGGCUGCUGAAAGACCUGGGCACCGACAGCUCCGGCUUCACCCUGGACGCCGUGAUGAAGUUCGCAGCCAGCGCCCUGGAGCACCGUGUGUUCGAGGUGCGGGAGACGGCGGUCAGGAUCAUCCUGGACAUGUACAGGCAGCACCGGGCCUCCGUGCUUGACUACCUGCCCCCGGAGGACACCAGCACGCGCAAGAACGUCCUCUACAAGACCAUCUUCGAGGGGUUUGCGAGGAUAGAUGGCAGGCCUACUGAGGCCGAGGUCAGGGCACAGAAAAAGGCGGCCACGGAAGAAGCAGAAAAACGGAAGCGAGCAGAAAUGAAGGCCUUGCAGGGGCAGCUGGCGGCGCUGAAGGAGACGCAGGCCGGAGCCCAGGUGGAAGACGGCAGGGUGGUGAAGUCCGCGCAUCCAGAUGCUCAAGGAAGGAAAGCAGCCCCGCCCAGCGCACCGGAAGUGCCAGAUAAUCACUACCUGGACAACCUGUGCAUCUUCUGCGGGGAGAGGAGCGAAGCCUUCACAGAGGAGGGCCUGGACCUGCACUACUGGAAGCACUGCCUCAUGCUGACCCGCUGUGACCACUGCAAACAGGUGGUGGAGAUCGCCAGCCUGACAGAGCACCUGCUGACGGAGUGCGACCGGAAGGAUGACUUCGGCAAGUGCUACCGCUGCAGCGAGGCCGUCCUGAAGGAGGAGCUGCCCCGGCACAUCAAGAUGAAGGAGUGCACCCCUGCCAAACCGGAGAAGCUGGCGAACCGCUGCCCCCUGUGCCACGAGAACUUCGCACCGGGAGAGGAGGCGUGGAAGGCUCACCUGAUGGGCCCCGCCGGCUGCACCAUGAACCUGCGCAAGACGUACCUGCUGCACAGGGCGCCCCUGCCGCUACCUGGGAAAAGCCCGGCAGCGACCAAAGCAGGGCCCUCAGGGUCAAAGGUCAGCAGCAAGAUCCCCACCCCAAAGGGAGGCCUGAAUAAGAGUUCUGGCCGGACACAGACCAAGCGAUGACGUGACCCACCGCCGUGGCCUUUGUCCCCUCGGGGGCUGAGCACGUCUCCCGAUCCGGAGCCCACCUCUGGCGACCCCACGCCCCGGCCCCACCGCCGCGGCUCUGGCCACAUUUGUCCUCACGUGGCGGCCGAGCGCAUCCCUGACCAAGAGCCCGCCUCCCAGAGCCACCUCGGCCUGCCCCACCUCCGGCCUCCAGGCUGCCCACCUGUUCGGGCCUCGGGGUCCAACCCCGGAAGGGAAACGGUUCUGUGUGGCGCACACUGGAGUCCAUCCCACAAGCUUGCUGGGGCCGCUGACAAGGCCAAGGGGUCCCCCUAGAGCGUCCCUGCAGGCUCUGGCACACUGUCUCCAUGGUGUAGACCCACCAGACGUGCCCCUGGCCAUGAGGGGACAGGAGUGGGGUAGCAUGUCUCCCCGUGCCUGUCCCCACAGGCACUGUGCACUAGGCCUGGCGGGACGGCCUCAGUCGAGCCGGCUUCCACCUGCACAGGAGAUAGAGGGUUGCCCCCUCACGCCCUCCCCAGAUGCCUGCCACAGCGCCCGCCACCACUCCGCGUCCAGGUGGGCAGAGGCUCACAGGGCCUCGCUCCGCAGCCUUUCCUCAGGGAGCUUCCACCCUUUACACACGUGACGUUCUUACAAAUAAAUGAUGAAAUGACCUUCCUGCUGGUGACGCUGGCUCCCGCCUCUGCGUCAUCCAAGCAGCCGCUUCUCAGCCCAAGGUGAGCCCGUGCGUUCUCGCCUGCCUCGGUUAGCCUUCCCCUGGAGCCAGUGAUGCCAGCGGCCUGAUCGGCCGCACCUCCCUCUUGAGCCCGCAUGUCCGUGGAAUUGAGAGUUUGCUUUGCUCUGACACUUUGUCCGUGCUUAAAACACCAAAACGUGACAAAAGCCAACCUCAGGACCCCGGCCAGCCCUCCAGUCCCAGGGAAACAGGUCAGUCUGCUCCCCAGUGGGUGGCAGUGAGGAAAGACCUCAUUGGCCUGAAAUCCGGAUACAAAACCCCCGCCCCAAAGAGGGGCCUGUGCUCCCCACAACCAAGUCGAUGGGAGAGCCCAAGAGGGUGGGCCUGCCCGCGCCACCCCAAGUGCCAGCCAGCGACGCGUGGAGUGGAUGAGCCCUGCGCCCGGCACUGCACGGACACACACCUUUAAAUCCCAGCCAGGUGGGACAACAAAAUUCAGAAAGACUAAUGGCUGCUGAGGCACGUGCGCUGGGUGUGCUGUAGCACUGUGAGUUUGCACUAACCCGUCUCCAUUUCUGGUGAACGAACACCUCAAAUGGUUGACCCAAGAAACCGGGGAAGGAUAAGAUUCACCAAAGCUCACCAGGCGGAGCGGCGUGCGGGUGCCGAGGGGACCCGCCGAUGCUUUCUGCUUGGAAAGGUACUGACUGCACCGCUAGCCCGCACUUGACGCGCAGGUCGGACACUGUGAACAGGAGAUGUUAACCAUGAUGCCUGGCUCUUCUCCCAAAGCUUGUGAGAAAGAUAAAUAUGUGAUGUUUUCUAUAUUAACUUAGAGAUUUGUAAGAUUAUUUAAUUUUUAACGACUGACAAAUUGGGUGCAUUUAAAACACUGUAAUCUUGGUUACAGAAGAAUCACGUGUUUAUGUUGAAACGAUUCCGAGGAGGAGGGAGGCCGUGGAGGGCUCCACAGUUACACGCUUGAAGGGACAGAGAAUAAAGGGUGAAAAAUUUCAAAGGAACUGUGACACCGCUUGGGCACUCACGAAGAAGUGUCUAGAUUUGGAGCUGUGAUUAGUAACUGAACUUUCACUCAUAAACGUGGAUAUUUAACAAUAUUUAUUUCUAUUAUUUUCGUAUUUUAAAACAGCCUAUUAAAUGAUCAAAUUUA